AUGUCAAGCCUUAACUACACAACAGUGACUGAGUUCAUUCUCCUGGGACUGACUGACCGAGCAGACCUCCAGCCCGUGCUCUUUGUGGUGUUCUUAGUGAUCUACCUCGUCACGGUAACUGGCAACGUGAGCAUGAUUUUCUUAAUCAGAAGUGACUCGAAGCUUCACACACCAAUGUACUUCUUCCUUAGCCAUCUCUCCUUUGUAGAUCUCUGUUACGCCACCAAUGUUACACCACAGAUGCUUGUUAAUUUCUUGUCCAAGAGAAAAACCAUUUCCUUUAUUGGCUGUUUCAUUCAAUUCCACUUUUUUAUUGCUUUGGUCAUUACAGAUUACUAUAUGCUCACAGUAAUGGCUUAUGACCGCUACAUGGCCAUCUGCAAGCCCUUGUUAUACACUAGCAAGAUGUCCAGAGGUGUCUGCCUCUCUCUUGUGGCUGCUCCUUAUGUUUAUGGCUUUGCUAAUGGUUUGGCACAGACCAUCCUGAUGCUUCGUUUGUCCUUCUGUGGCCCCAAUGAGAUCAAUCAUUUCUAUUGUGCAGACCCACCUCUCAUGGUGCUUGCCUGCUCUGAUACCUAUGUCAAAGAAACUGCCAUGUUUGUGGUGGCUGGGUCCAACCUCACCUGCUCUCUGUCCAUCAUCCUCAUCUCCUACAUCUUCAUCUUCACAGCCAUUCUACGCAUCCGCUCUGCAGAAGGCAGGCGCAAGGCCUUCUCUACUUGUGGGUCCCACCUGGUGGCUGUCAUUGUUUUUUAUGGGACAUUGUUUUGCAUGUACUUGAGGCCUCCUUCUGAGACAUCUGUAGAACAGGGUAAAAUUGUGGCCGUUUUUUAUAUCUUUGUGAGUCCCAUGUUAAACCCUCUAAUCUACAGUCUGAGAAACAAGGAUGUUAAAAGAGCCAUAAGAAAAGUUGUCCUAAAAGAAUUGUUUAUUAAAUAA